AUGGGCCCAGCUCCUCGUGAGCGGUACAAUGCAAAGGCUCGUCAGGCAACCGCUGGAGGUUCUAAAAAGAAGGGAAAAAUAGGCAAACGAAACCCACACAUUAACGAUAAAACCCCGGAUUCAGAUCCAAAUGCUCUUUUCCAUACACCAAAGACGAACGAGGAGAAGGAACUCGAUAGAAAGGAAAAGUUAAAGCAGGAACUUGUCGCUCAAUCGGAAUCGAAAUGGACGAGCAAGAAAAAGAAAAGACUAGAAAAGUAUAUCGACAAAAAGCUUAAGAAGGAAGAAAGAGUGCACUUGUUUGAAAAACUAUCGCAGAGUCAGGCUCAACUACCUUCAAUUGUACAUUUCCAAUCGUCCGCGACAUUAGGAACGGGAAAAGCUACCACCCAUCAGGAUUUGUUGGAUAAACAGGAAGACAAGGAAAUAAGACGCGCGAUCGAGGGUCGUUCUGGAAAGCGAAAACGCCAUGAUGGUUUUUAUGAUGUUGUCGAAGCUGAGGCCGACGAUGAGGAAGGCGAAGAGGAAGAAGGAGAUUUUAUGACGGAAACCGGACUCCUCGAAGAACAAAUUGAACCCUCUCCGAAGCUUCCUGCUCCACAACCUACCGUCGGAAGUGCUCUGGCCCGCAACUCAGAUGGAACAGUCAUUGCUCCCAAGGUACGACCAAGAUCGAAAAACAAAAAGAUUGCAUUCUCGAGUUGGAAGAUGAAAGCAAAAGCCACCACGGAGGUUGAAUCAGACACAUCUUUUGACAGCUCGGAUUCCGCAUACGACUCCCCGGACGAUGAAGAAUGGACUGGAAUCGAAAAGCAAGAGAAUAACGCCGAUGAGGAGGAGGAGGAUAAUGAAGACAGAGAGGAAGAUGGCGAGGAAGAAUCUGAGGAAGAAGAUAGUGAUCAGAAUGAGGGAGACGAUAGUGAUCAAUAUGAGGGAGACGAUAGGUCUUCACCAACGAAGCUAAGAAAGAGUCUUGGUUUCAAAGAUUGGGCCAUAAAACAGCUGAACGUCGCCAAAGGAUAUGACCUCUCCCCACCCACUCCUCGAGACUCCUCACUACCGCUUUCCGACGCUGCUUCCAAACCGCCUCCCGCUAAAAAGCGAAAGCGUAACCCCAGCGAUCAACCAGAAAUGCGUGGACCUUUAGGAGAAGACCUUAUAUUACCCUCCAACUCGUUCGCUCAACAGCUAUUCUCAAGAACACCUUCCGGGAAAGUUGAUAAAGACGGUUCUGUAUCCAAACGCAAGUUCAUCUCGGUAUUACGUCCAGACGAUGUGCAGGAAUCUAGGUUACUGCUACCUGUUGUCGCGGAGGAGCAGCCAAUUAUGGAAGCUGUUCUUCUCAAUCCUGUGGUGGUCGUAUGCGGUGAAACUGGAAGCGGAAAAACCACGCAACUACCGCAAUUUUUGUAUGAAGCUGGGUUUGGUUCACCGGGCAGUGAAAAUCCUGGUAUGAUAGGAAUUACGCAACCAAGACGUGUGGCUGCUAUGUCAAUGGCAGCGCGUGUUGCACAGGAAUUAUCUUUAACUUCGUCGAAAGUAUCAUACCAAAUUCGGUACGACGCGACAGUAUCGCCAAUGACAUCGAUCAAGUUCAUGACCGAUGGUGUACUACUUCGAGAAUUAGCCACUGACUUUCUCCUCACGAAAUAUUCGGUCAUCAUCAUCGACGAGGCUCACGAGCGAAGCAUGAACACGGAUAUAUUAAUUGGUGUACUGAGUAGAGUUCUGAAACUUCGGGAGGAACUAUGGAAGGAAGGAAAGGAAGGAGCCAAGCCUCUUCGGUUGAUCAUUAUGUCCGCCACCCUUCGCGUGAGCGAUUUUGCCUCCAACAAAUCACUCUUUUCUACGCCACCCCCGGUCAUCAAUGUCGCCGCCCGGCAACACCCCGUCACUAUGCACUUCAAUAGACGUACUGUAUCAGAUUACGUCGCCGAAGCCAUAAAGAAGACUACCAAGAUACACACUCGCCUCCCACCUGGUGGCAUUUUAAUCUUCCUCACCGGUCAAAACGAGAUUCAAGGAGUGUGUCGAAAGCUUGAAGCAAGGUUCGGGAAAAAGGUUAUCGAGCAGAGAAGGAGAAGAAGGGGUGCGGGAUCCGCCAGUCGAAUCUUCGGCGUUGAUGAUGAUGUUUCAAAUGAGGCCCAGAAUAAUCCGAAAAGGGUCGGCGCUGCACAAGCUGAUGUUGAAGCGGAGGAUCUCGAGUUGGGUGAAACACAGGCUAACGAUGUCGCUUUUGAUAUUGAUGGCGAUGUAGAAGAAGAUCCAGAUGCGUUGGAUAGUGAUGAGGAAGAACUCCUUAACGAAGAACUCGGAAUCGACGUCGACGAAAGUGAAACACCUAUGCACGUGGUCCCUCUAUACUCCCUGCUUCCCAGCGACAAACAAAUGCGUGUAUUUCUGCCUCCGCCGACUGGGCAUCGACUAGUCGUCGUCGCCACAAACGUCGCGGAAACUUCAUUGACUAUACCUAACAUCCGUUACGUAGUUGACUGUGGCCGUGCGAAAGAGCGACGAUACGACGUCACAAACGGUAUACAAACAUUCCAAGUGGCCUGGAUAUCGAAAGCAUCGGCCGCUCAGCGUGCAGGUCGUGCAGGUCGUACCGGGCCGGGUCAUUGUUAUCGCCUAUAUUCCUCCGCCUUAUACGAGCAUCACUUUGACCAAUUCUCGAAGCCUGAGAUCCUCCGAAUGCCAAUCGAGGGUGUCGUCCUUCAAAUGAAAGGCAUGCAUAUUGAUGCAGUCGUUAAUUUUCCGUUUCCCACCCCUCCCGACCGCAACAAUCUGCAAAAGGCUGAAAAGGUGCUUCACUAUUUGGGUGCGCUCUCAAAAGAGGGCCAGAUAACCGAGUUGGGAAAAACUAUGUCGUUGUUCCCGCUGUCACCCCGGUUCUCGAGGAUGCUUGUAAGCGGCCAGCAGCACCAGUGUUUGCCCUUUGUUAUUGCAAUUGUGUCCGCGCUUUCAGUUGGAGAUCCUUUUUUGCACGAGGAAGCGUUGUUGGCUUCAGCGGAUAGUGAGGAUGAUGACGAUGAAGCUGAAAAACUGAAGCAUCUUACGAGUGCCGCAGUCCGCACCAAAGAGGCUCUUCGACUACGGCGGAAACAAUUCUUCGCCUCUCAACAUACCCAUUCCUCUUUGGGAGGCUUCACGAGUGAUAUAUUCCGGGUUCUAUCUAUCGUUGGAGCAUACGAAUAUGCCGGCGGCGGUGCACAGUUUUGUGCAGAACACUUUGUCCAACCAAAGGCUAUGGAAGAAAUACAUAAACUACGGGCGCAAAUCAGUAAUAUUGUUCAGACAAAUUUUCUUGGGAUAGAUACCGGCUUCGUCCCAAAUCUGAACCCGCCGAGUGAUUUACAAAUCAAAGUCUUAAGACAAUUGUUAACUGCUGCUUUCAUUGAUCAAGUGGCGGUCAGAAAAGAUCGAAUAGAUAAAAAUGCGGCCAGUGGCGCUCAAUAUGCUUCUGCUCAAGGUGUCGCAUACAAAGCUCUGGGAAUCGCUGAAGACGUUUUUAUCCAUCCUUCAUCCGUAUUGUUCAAGAACACUCCUCCAGAGUACCUCAUUUUCAAUGAAGUGGUGCGAACGAGCCAGGUUUGGCUCAAAGGGCUAACCGUCAUCAAUCCCGCGUGGUUAUCCUCUCUGGGUAAAUCAUCUCUCUGUACCUUUUCGAAACCAACAAAAAAUAGUGCCGGGAUUCUAACGGCGGUACCUCAUUUUGGUCCAGAUGGUUGGGAGUUACCGCCUAUCAAGGCAGAACAUCCUUAA